ACGGCACAAUGACAUCUCAGGUUACACAAACUGUCCUGCGUCUGGAGGCAUCUGAAGUUGGGGAGCUGAAGGGUGGCAUCAAUUUUAAGAAAAAUCCAAAAGAUGGCAAAUGUUACAUCAUUUACAAAGACAAAGAUAAAACACGAGCCUGCAAAAACCAAUGCAAGCACCAGGGAGGACUUUUCAUUAAAGACAUAGAGGAUUUAGAUGGCAGAACAGUGCGUUGUACUAAACACUACUGGAAACUUGAUGUGUCCACUAUGGCGUAUGUCAACCCACCUGACAGCUUUAUGCAGGAUGAACUUGAGGUGGUACUGUCAGAUACUGAUGGGAGUUUGGAGCUGGUUGAGUUGAAUCCACCCGACCCUUGGACUGUGGACCCUCGACAGGCACAAGAGCUACAAACAGGAGAGCUCACAUUGACAUACAUUACACAUGCGUGUAUGGAACUCAAAGCAGGAGGCAAGAGGAUGAUGUUUGAUCCCUGGCUGACAGGACCGGCGUUUGCCAGAGGAUGGUGGCUCUUACACGAACCUCCAUCUGAUGCCAUGGAGAGACUCUGUCAGGCUGAUCUCAUUUACAUCAGUCACAUGCACUCCGACCAUCUGAGCUACUCCACUUUAAAAUUACUCUCAAAGAAGCGGCCUGAUAUUCCCAUUUAUGUUGGAGACACCUCACGCCCAGUGUUCUGGUACCUAGACAGAAGUGAGGUGAAUUUAACAAACAUCAAUGUGGUGCCCUUCGGUGUAUGGCAGAAUGUUGAUGAGCAUCUGAGAUUUAUGAUUCUGAUGGACGGCGUUCAUCCUGAGAUGGAUACUUGUAUAAUAGUGGAGUAUAAAGGUCACAUGGUCCUGAAUACGGUCGACUGUACCAGGCCAAAUAAUGGGCGUCUCCCACGCGGUGUCGAUGUGAUGAUGAGUGACUUCGCUGGAGGCGCUUCUGGCUUUCCAAUGACUUUCUAUGGUGGUAAAUACAGCGAAACCUGGAAGGCAGAGUUUAUCAAGAAUGAAAGAAAGAAACUGCUGAACUAUAAGACUCAGCUGGUGAAGAUUUUACAGCCCAAGAUUUACUGUCCUUUUGCUGGUUACUUCACAGAAGCUCAUCCCUCAGACAGGUACAUAAAGGAGACAAAUAUGAAGAACAGCGCUGAAAACCUGAAUGCUUCCAUAAGGAAGAGCUGCCCAAAUACUCUGACCUGGACUCCUUUACCCUCUUCUGUGCUGGAUGUUGCUCUCGCUCUUGCAGAUCCAUCUAACACGAAUGCAAUCACUCAACCUUCAAAUGGUACAAAGAUCUUUAAGGACAACUGGAACUUUGAUUUGUAUUUGGAUGAGCUGAAUGCUGUCAUUUCCAAUGAUAUCUUUAAAUACAAAUCAUGGAUCCAGUAUUAUUAUAACUGGGCAGGAUUUAAAGGCUACAAUCUGGUUAUACGGGUCAUUGAGACGGAUGAUGAAUUUGAGCCACUGGAUGGAGGUUACGAUUAUCUGGUGGACUGCAUGGAUCUUUCCUUUCCAGACAGAAGACCAGAGAGAGAUCACGCAUAUGAGGAGAUUAAAAACAGAGUGGGUGUGAUGAGACAUGUGGUUGUAAACGGACGACUCUGGGACGACCUGUACAUCGGCUUUAAUAACAGAAUGAGUCGAGAUCCUGAUGUUUAUCAUCACAAGUUUUGGAAUCAUUUCCAGACAGAAUUACCACUAACUGCUCCAGACUGGGAUCAUUUCCUUCAAAUUGUCUCUAAACAGAUGGAUGUUCAACAUUCAGAGCUGUCACAUGAGAACGGUUUCUGUCGGCUCUCUUAAUAAUGCCCACAAAAGGACACUAUUUGUUUCAUGUUUAAUCAACUGUUUUCUCUUGAUAAAUACCACAAGUUGUAUAAAAUAUUUGUAGUUUAAUUGGCAGCCUGAUACCUUUGUACACUUGUAAACAGGUACAGUCAAUCGUUUUUAUGCUACAAAGUCUACUUCCCAGACAGCAGACUUAAUUAAUUGUUGCAUAACAUGAGAGUAUAGUUUACAGAAAGUGAUGAAAUACUUGGGCCUGUUUCAGAAAAGAGGUUAAGUGAAAACUCUGAGUAUGCUAACCCUGAAAAGAAACUGAAAGGAAACAGAGUUUUCCAUUUCAAAAUGGGAGAUACAUGUAUGUUAAACCUGAGAAAGCAGGAUAAGUCAAGAAUGUUUCAGAAGGAGAGGAAACUUAUAGUCUGUUUCCAGGGCAACUUACUAUCUGAACCACCAGGUCAGAAGCAGGUUUUAUUCUGGAAAAUCAGAGUUUCUUGUGAUCUCCUUCCCCUUUUUAGCACUAACGGAUGUAAAAAAUCUUGUUAAGCCCUUUUCACACAGACAUUCUGGAAAAUACAUUUUUGUUUAUUAUAAGCUCAAAUGAGCACGUGACGUGAUAUUCUUUUAUGCUGCUGAAUGAUCUCCAUUUUAGCGCUUUGAGUGACGAGCUAACUUACCUGAUUUACUGCUUCAGUCCAGUUUGCUGACAUUUCUCGUCAUGACUGUUGUAUAUG